GUGCGGAUUCAGUUCCAGCCUCGCGCCGGGGAAGGCGUCUGCUGGCGGCGGGGCGGCGCGGCGCUCCCUCCCCACGUGCAUCUUAUCGCUGCUCCGGUUCCACCCUUUUUUGCGCUGCGCGUGUGAACAUGUCCGUUGGCGGCGACGGGCAGGUGGGCGCCUCGGCUUACCUGCUGCUCUCGGGGGCUUCUUGCGACUGAGGCGUUAUUGUCCUUUCCCCCUCCCCCCUCCCGUUUGCAAAUCAGGACGCCAAACCAUCGCUUGGUUUGCCGCGACCUGCGAACAGAGCCGCCACUCUGCCGUCGCCGCUACCUGUUGCCGGUGCGUCAGCAACCCGUCCGUCAGGUCCUGCGAGUGACGUGCAGUUGUCAUACUUCUCUCGAUCAUUCCAUCACACCUCGUACGCCGAGGAGGACCGCGGGCGACGCAUUCCCUGGAAAAAGAGGGAGAUAGAUACAAAAGAUAAUACAUCCGUUCUUCGAAAAUAUUGCGAGUGCAGUGUGCGUGUUUUGUGCGUGAGGUAUAUCCUUAUAUUGUGUUCGGGGAGUGGCCAUGGUGAGGGGCGCCCUCCUACGGUAGUGACAAGCAGUCCUUGUGUCCCGAGGAACGAACGACGAACAUGCUGGACUACUUCCGACACCGGCGCUGGUCCCACGUGGAUUUCGCGUCGCCGAGGAUCACGGACAACCUCGCCACCUCUACCUUCAGGACCACUCCGCACGACGCCGACGCGGCCGUCUCCACCUCUACCACCACCUCCGCUUCUAUUUCCACUUCAACUUCCACCUCCACUUCUGCUUCCGUUUGCACUUCCACUUCCACUCCCACUCCCACUCCCACUCCCACUCCCACUCCCACUCCCACUCCCAACGCGAGCGCGAGUUCGCCCACUGCUUCUUCCACUGCCAUUCCCAGCGCCAACGCUUCUCUGUCCCCUUUACCCUCGAAGCCCCUUCCCAAGGCCACUACAGUCAUCACCACCACCGCCGUCGGGUCCAGCUCCGGCACCGUCACUACCAUCAUCAUCACCGCCACCACCACACAUCCCCUGACUGCUGUCACCGGCACAAGCACGUCCACGACAUGUCCGAUCAUCACACGCCACAUCAAGACCACCAUACUUCCCAAAAUAGCCACAGACCCGAUCCCCACGGCCAUAGCUUCAGCCACAGCAACAUGUUCCCUCAACACCAGAGCCACGUCCCUUUCCGUAGCCACACGCCCUGCCACCACGGCCCUGGCGCCUGUCACACGUCCCACCAACACAGACACGUCCCCUGCCACAUACUUCAGUCCCGCAUCCAAGCCGCCCGCCAUACACCCUACUACUACGGCUUCACGCUCUGCCACCAUAUUUUCACCCCCUGCAUCUUUCCCGUCUUCAGGGAUGACAGAAGCGCGUCUCAGUAACACGCUUUCGCCCUCUGUCACGACCGGAGCCAAAGCUAUAGGUCCUGGCAUCACGGCGCCAUGUUCCACAACAGCGGCCACUCAGAAAGGCACCAGGAGCACAACUGUGACAGCUAUUUCCAUACCGACUGUCACGACUACAAAACUACCAUCUUACCCAAGUACGGUUUUUGGGCCAAAUAAUUCAACAAUAAGUCUGACCACAAAUUAUCACAAUACCGCCACCGCACUUCGUGACGCCACUACCCCUAACUCGCAUCCGGGGAUCACUGCCACGCUCCUUGGCACUGCUACUACUCGCCCAGGUGCCAUCACCACUCGCUGCGACACAAAAACCGUGCCAGUUCCUGUAUGCGAGGCCGGCGCCGGCUCCCCGCUCUCCAUCACCGUCCGCGAAAGUACCGCCGACACUCCCGUGAGAGCUACCCCACGCCCUUGGACCUCCAUCAUCUGCCAGGGCACGCCCGCCGGUCGCAGAGCUGCCGGCACCUGUGGCAGCGCUACGACUGUGUGCCAGACCGCCAUUAUGCACCCUGCCACUACCACCAUCACUACCACCUUCAGCCAGAUCGCUCCUACCACACUGAAUGGUAUCGCGAGGACGUACCCAACUGCUGUCACGUCCCCUUUGUCAAGUAAGGUCGGUAAAACGGUCACGAAUCUGACUAAAUCUUUCUGGCCAGCUGUCACUACAACUAGUGCUGCGAGCUCAAGUGUCACUGUCACUGGUCCAGCGACUUCCCUAUGCCCGAGGACCCAUGCCAUGACCUCAGCUCCUUCCGGGUGCCAAAAUGCCACGAACGCAAGUUCAGCUACCUCUCCAACUACCUCCGUGUAUCCUCGGGAGAGUGCCGCCGGGACAGUGCCUUCCACACGCACUUCCGCCAUAAGUACGUGUUUGCUCACCACGUCCCCAAGCCACGAUGUUAAAAACGCACGCGCAUACAUCACCACCGAUACCACAUCAACAGGUGCAUCAGCCACCAUAGAUGCCACAUGUCAUGCUACCACAACACCCCCUGCUACCAUUGCCACAUCCCCUACCACCAUCACCACGUCCCUUGACACGUCUGCCACCAUUACCCCUUCUCCUGUCACCUUUACCCCGACUCUUGCCACCACUACGCCAACUCCUGCCACCACUACCCCAUCUGCCAAGACUACCCCAUCUGCCUCCACUACCCCUUCUGCCACCACUACCCCAUCUCCUGUCGCCACUACCUCAUCUGUCUCUUCCCCAUCUCCUGCCACUACUACCCCACCUGCCACCACUACCCCACCUGCCACUCCUAUCAUCACAACAACAAACCGAAACGCUGCCACUACAAAUCCUGCCGCGAGGUACGCAUAUCCUGCAACUCGCCCAAGCUCCCUUGGCACGUACCCGAUCGUGACUAUCAGGCGCUCGACGACGAUCGCCGCAUGCCCCAUCUCCACCGUCAGCCGCCCGGGCACGUCGGCCUCGUCCUACUCAGCUGGCAGUACCGGCACGAGUACCUCCGCCAGUACCAACAGCAGCGCGACCACCACGCCGUCGCCCAGGGUACCACGACACUCCAUUUCUAUGCCCGAGUUCAGGACCGCCAAAAAGGAGUAUGACUUGGAGCAGCGCAUCGCCCUGGAGAUCAAGAUGCGCGAGGGCACGACCAAGCUGCUGGCGGCGUGCGGCGGCGCGCAGGGCCCCCGCUCCAACCUGCCGCACACCCUGGAGGCGGCCAAGAACCUCCUGACGUCCAACGAGCGCAUGACCGCCUACAUGGCCGAGCUGCAGCGCCGCCGGGGCGCCGCCCUCUGCGCCGACGGGUCGCAGCCCUCCCUAGCGCGGGUGUGCCUCUCCGACCUGCGCAUGCCGCUCAUCUGGAAGGACAGCGACCACUUCAAGAACAAGGGCGACUAUCGCAGGUUUGCCGUGUUUGUCCUCCUGAAGAUCGGCACCGAGAUCUACGACACGGUCAUGGUGAACCCCGUCGACCGCUCCAUGACCGACAUCUGCUUCGAUGACAUCAUUGUCUUCAACGGCAUCCCGUCGGGCUUCGAGUGCAGCCUGGAGGUGUACAGCCACGUCCUGCAGAACGACCUCACGAUGGCCAGCACGCCGAGGAAGCUGAAGCGGACGCUGCACUCGUCCAUCUCGCGCACGGUGGGCCGCAAGCUGGCCGCCUCGCUCAGGGACGAGCUCUCCCACGGCGAGCUGACCAAGUUCGAAGGUUUCCCACGAAGUUUUGUCGACAACGUUUCAAACAAAACGGCAACAUUUGACCUGAACAUGGAGAACGUAGAAAACCGAGCAAACCAGUUACCACUGUUUGGCCACUUCUGCUGUCGUCUCGCCGCUCAGCCUGACUGUGCCACACAGGAAAGAAUUGCAGGAUAUGCACAUGUCGCGGAAAGUGAACAGCAGAACUCAUGGUGCAGAUUAUUUGGAUGGCAGCUAGAGGUGUGGAAUUCGAAAGAGGACGUGCACCUCUCACCUCAUCAUCCCCUUUCCUUAUCCGUGGACAGGCAUACAGAGGUCACCCUGAAUGGCCCCCAGGUGGUGGUGUCCAACAGUACAGGCUUUGAUCGUGGCUCCUUGACGCUAGGCCUCGACUCCCCAAGUGAGGCGUCAUCCUGGUACAGGUGUCUCCAGCAGCACAUCUCAGAUCACAGACUAUGGGGAGCAGCAGCUGAGGAGGAGAUGGAAAUCCUCACUCCACAGCCCACGCGACACAACUUCAUCCUGCCCAGACGGGGGCGUUUCACCUCCCUGUACGAAGAGACUCCCCUCAGAGAUGGGUCACCAAGCUCUGAGAAGUCCUCCUUGGAUGACAUCUAUGGUUCAUCUGCGUUUGUCAACAACUACUGCACUCCGGCCCAAGUUACAAGGCCGAGAGCAAUGACUCUGGCCUCAAGAUCCUCUUUCAGGCGAUGGGGCUCAGUUAAGUGUAAUAUGCCCUUCUUCAAGAGCAAGAGUUUCUUCAAUUGUAGAAAUACAAUGCCCUUGUACACUGACUUGGAUGUAAGAGCAGUAACAUUGUUUUGA